CUGACAUUUGGGUUCAGUUCAGCCUGAAGGUUCGGACACGAGCAGACGCGAUGGGACUCACGAGCGACCCGAACUUCCAGAAUCUGGAGAAAUGUUUCAAAUCAAACGCUGCGAAUCUGAACAUGAGGAAGAUGUUUGAGGCGGAUAAAGACAGGUUCAAGAAGUUCAGCUUAACUUUGAAAACAGAUGAAGGAGAAAUUCUGAUGGAUUACUCCAAGAACCUCAUAAAUGAAGAAGUUAUGAAGAUGCUUGUGGAUCUGGCAAAUUCUCGUGGUGUGCCGGCUGCCAGAGACAAGAUGUUUUCAGGAGAAAAGAUCAAUUUCACUGAGGGUCGUGCUGUUCUUCACGUGGCUUUAAGGAACCGUUCAAACUCUCCCGUUAAUGUGGACGGUAAGGAUGUGAUGCCAGAGGUCAACAAGGUCCUGGAGAAGAUGAAGAACUUCUGUCAUAAAGUACGCGGUGGAGAAUGGAAGGGUUACACGGGCAAAGCCAUGACUGAUGUUGUCAACGUUGGCAUCGGUGGAUCUGAUCUGGGUCCAUUGAUGGUGACGGAGGCGCUGAAGCCGUAUUCUAAAGGUGGACCCCGCGUCUGGUUCGUGUCCAACAUCGAUGGAACGCACAUCGCUAAAACUCUGGCCCAGCUCAACCCUGAGACCACGCUCUUCAUCGUCGCCUCAAAGACGUUCACGACUCAGGAGACGAUCACAAACGCUGAAUCAGCGAAGGAAUGGUUCCUGCAGGCCGCUAAAGACAAAGCUGCAGUUGCCAAGCAUUUUGUGGCCCUCUCCACCAACGCCCCUAAAGUGAAGGAGUUCGGCAUCGACACGGAGAACAUGUUGGAGUUCUGGGAUUGGGUUGGUGGCCGAUAUUCUCUGUGGUCCGCCAUUGGAUUAUCAAUCGCUCUUCAUAUCGGAUUUGAGAACUUCGAGAAGCUUUUGUCUGGAGCUCAUUGGAUGGACACACAUUUUCGUACGGCGCCGUUGGAUCAGAACGCGCCCGUGCUGCUCGCCCUGCUGGGCAUCUGGUACAUCAAUUUCUUCCAGGCGGAGACGCACUGCCUUCUGCCCUACGAUCAAUACAUGCAUCGCUUUGCUGCGUAUUUCCAACAGGGUGAUAUGGAGUCUAAUGGAAAGUACAUCACAGUGGACGGUGGGCGUGUGAACUAUCACACCGGCCCCAUCGUAUGGGGUGAACCAGGAACCAACGGACAGCAUGCCUUCUACCAGCUGAUACAUCAAGGAACUCGUAUGGUCCCUGCUGACUUCCUCAUUCCUGCUCAGAGCCAACAUCCAAUCAGAAACAACCUUCACCAUAAGAUUCUGGUGGCAAAUUUCCUGGCACAGACAGAAGCUCUGAUGAAGGGAAAAACCACAGAGGAGGCCAAGAAAGAGCUGGAGGCCGGAGGUCUGAGCGGAGAGACACUGGAGAAGAUUCUGCCACAUAAAGUGUUCCAGGGAAACAAGCCGACCAAUUCGAUCAUCUUUGGAAAGUUGAGUCCAUACACUCUUGGUGUGCUGAUCGCCAUGUAUGAACACAAGAUCUUCAUUCAAGGUGUCAUGUGGCAGAUCAACAGUUUUGAUCAGUGGGGUGUGGAACUCGGGAAACAGCUGGCAAAGAAAAUCGAACCCGAGCUUCAGGACUCAGCGGAGGUCACGUCUCAUGAUUCCUCCACCAACGGCCUCAUCAACUUCCUCAAGAAGAAUUUUGCUUGAACGCUGAAUGAAGUCGUCUGCAGCAUCAGCCAGAACCAAACCCACGACCCGCCGGGUCACCUGCAAACUUCAGAGUCUGUCACAAAUCACGGGUUGGGAAUCACUGAUCUAGAUUAAAAAUGAGAAGAACUUUCCUGUCUUCCUAGUGCAUACUAAUUUUCACAGACAGAGUUUUAAAUUACUGUAUGUUUAAUUAUAUAUAAUGACGAUGGGCACUUAUGUUUGUUGCACUUUUAGGAUUUUACAAAUUAUGAAAUGGCAAAAGAAAAGAUUUGACUGGUUUAAGCAAUAGAACACGAUUCACUAAACAUGCUGCGAUUUAUUUUCCCAAUAAUAAAUAUUUGUCCUUUUGCACAACAUCUGUCUCUGUGCGUGCGUGCGUGCGUGUGUGUGUGUGUUUGAUUGUGUUUAUGAGUCUGAGACAUGACAGUGCACAGUAUGGAUUGUGCAGUAAGUUGUUCUCCAGCAGAGGGAGCUGUAAGUCCACAUGUGUAACUGUCAAUCAGCAUCUCAGUUCCAAGUUCUCAGAAUUCAUUUUUGGAACUUGGAGGCAAAGAUCACUUGUGUUGUGUUCCCUUAAAUCCCAAACUGCAAAACAAAAAGUCCCAUCUGAACACAUCUGGAAAACAUCAUCUGAAUGAAACGAUUCCUCACCAUCAAAAUAAACAGAUUAUGAACAGAACUGCAGUAUGAUGACACGGCAACAUGAGACCAGCCAUCAAUCAUUCCUGUCUGAUAAAGCGAUUGACAGAUCAUAGAGGAAACUAGAAGCCUCAUAGAGAGACCAGCUGAUGAUGUGUCUGUUGCCAGGCAACACGUUCCUGUCA